AUGGUUAAUCAUGUUCGCUAUUUAUCCUCGACCAGACCAGCCCACUUCAUCGGUAAGUUCAACAAGCAGUUGGCUGCUACAAAGCCAAAGGAAUUUGUCGUUGUGCAGUUGAACAGGCCCAUUGGACUUGCAACACCACCUAAGGACACAGACAACAAUGGUGAUUUGAGAACUGUGAGGGAAAAAUUUAGCGACUUCAUGGACAGGGAGAAGAAUAAGGUGCGUCAAGCCGAGUUGGAGAAGGAGAUUUCCAAAUCUGGGAUGUACGACGUCUACACCUUUAGAAAGACCGGUGGUAAAUUCUUCAAGAGUCCACCGGCGUACUGGAAGGCUGAAAAGGCUCUGUACUUUCCAAACUUCUUCGGUGAAACGUUGGUCUCCUCAACUAGCAAACCGACCACGCCCGUGCUAAAAGGCUCCGUCUCGGUAGUGAGGGUGUUUACAUCGAUGCUAGGUGACAAAUCCUCUAGAGCGUUCUUCCAAACUGCUGAAGGCGACUAUAUGACCAAGGAUGGGUACAACAGGUUCAAAGAGCUAUAUCCAACUGCUCAGAUAGUUGACAUUAACGUUACAGAGAAUGCCACCAAGGCAAUCUUCAUCAAGAUGUCAAAGUCAGCUCUACGCUCACAGUUGCACCCGGACCGUCAUGACAAGUACUUCAUAAUACCACGCAAGACCAUACCUUUGGAUAUUCGAGAACAAAUACACAUGGAUAAUACAUAUGGAGGCUUCAUCUAUGUCCUGGACCAUGAGGGAAAGAUCCGGUGGGCAGUCUGCGGAGACGCAGACGAGAAGGACAAGGCAAUGCUAUGGAGAACUGUUAGAGGAUUACAGAGAGAGUACAGAGCAUUGAACCAAUCACAGCAGAAGGAAUCCCAAAGUAACAUCGACGUAUGGGACACUAUGUUCAGAGCACGAUUGGUUAAGAGACUGAGUCCAAUUGGCUUGAGAUCCUUUGGCGUCUCAAAGGCUCGUUUCAAUGGUCAACCAGCCGUGAACCCUCAUAGAGCAUUCUACCAGAACUUUGGUUUCCCGUUGGUUAAAGUGCUAUCAAUUACAUUUGGUACAUACUAUGGUCUUAUGUACCUCUGGGAAUAUCUCGAAACAGAGUCUAAGACCGGCAAUUCUUCAAUAGAGCUUACUGACAAUGCAGUGGGCUCUGCAAGCCAGGCUACAAAUCACAAGUGA